AAAUAGUUAACCGGAAUUUGUGUGUGUUAUGUCACCUGUCGAUUUAUAGCGAACCCAUGAAUUUCACAGGCAAGAAAUCCUCCAAAAUUGUUUUCGUCAGAUCCUUCCUCUCUCAUAUAUCCUACAGUGCCUGGUAUUCAUUGCCAGUCUCCCAUUCACGCAUUAACUAGUCAGUGAUGACUCUAUUGAACUUCCAAGAUCAGACGGAUUUAUAGCUGAAAAUAUCCACCUAUAGUUUCACUGUUUCUUCUUCCUCCCUUGUCCCGAUUUCGAGCUUAACCUCUUCAUCUGGACACCCUCAUUUGUCUGUAGUAGGUCUUCUUGAAGCUUGGGAGUCGGUAGACUUGGUGCCGUUGAAGCAUGAGACAUCCCUGAAGUGUGACUAAGUGGAACUUCCUCCAAAGGGGUUUGGGUUCUGGAAUGGCUCGGCCUUCCAUCUUGUUCAGAGAAAUUGCCUAGCAACAAGGUAGAGUGCAUUUAUGAUGCCGGAUGAAUCCAUGGCGGAGCCCCAUGGUGAGUCAUAAGAGACAAGCCCGUACAUUCGGGGCCUUCUGUGUGUAAGAUGACACAAUGCAAUUUCACGAAAAAGCAGGGACAUCCAGCCUCAAAAUGAAGAAGAGGUGGUAAAUCGGCUCCCUUUCAAACUCCAGCAAGAGAACCAUUUUGAUUCCUUGCACACCGGCUAAUGGCUUCCAAGUCAACAAAGAUGCCAGAUGACUUCAACAUAUAUUAUCUUCUCAAGGGUGUCCUGCCCUUGGAGACAUCAGAGGAGCCUAUGGAUGAAUCCAGAGACGAGACAAACCCGCAGUACCAAGGACUCACUGGCCUCCGAAACCUGGGGAAUACCUGUUACAUGAAUGCGGUGAUACAGUGCCUCUCCAGCGUAUCCCCACUGGUUGAAUAUUUCCUCUCUGGGAAAUACACAGCAGCACUGGACAAGGACAAUGGAGAGAUUGCAACGGCUUUUGCUUACUUGAUGAAUGACAUGUGGCUCGGGGACUUUGACUGUGUGUCCCCAGAAGUGUUCAGACUGGUAAUUGGCGAGCGGUACCCGGCUUUCAUCAAGAAAACCCAACAGGAUGCGCAAGAGUUCCUGAUUCAUGUGUUGAAUGAGCUGCAUGAAGCACUGAAGAAGACAAGUAAGAAAAGGAACCAAGGGACCUCAUCUUCCACCUGGGACUCCAGGGCGAGUUAUGUCAGUGAGUCCUCCAUCAUCACCCGGCUUUUUGAAGGUCACCUCAGCUAUGACAUCAUGUGUUUGGAGUGUCAAAACACCACUUAUAAAAAUGAGAUUUUCACCGUGUUAUCGCUUCCCAUCCCGUAUGAAACCGAAUGCUCGCUAGAGGAAUGUCUUGAAUGCUUCUUUCAACAAGACAUGCUGACAUGGAACAACCAGAUUAACUGUUCCUGCUGUGGGACAAAGACAGACGCCGCGGUCAAAGCCAGCAUCGCUAAGGCACCCAAGGUGGUUGUUUUCCACCUGAAGAGGUUUGACUGCCAAGGACUUUACAAAAAGAAACUGAAAACAGACAUCUACUACCCGCUGAAUAACUUAGAUUUGUCUUCUUAUAUAUAUCCACUCUUCCGGAAAAACCCAAAGUACAGCUUGUUCGCUGUGGUGAAUCACUUCGGAGACCUGGAUGGCGGUCAUUACACUGCGUUCUGUAAGCACACGCUGACCCAAAGUUGGUACAGCUUCGAUGACUCUCAGAUCAGCGAGAUUUCAGAGUGUGACGUACAUACAUCUGCAGCUUAUCUCCUGUUUUACAGCAGCCAAACUUUCUCUGUGCCGGUCAAAAACCAAAAUGGCUAGGAAACCAUGACUUAAGACCCAUUGACACUUGGAAAUAUUCACUGACUCAGCCUUUGGUCCAUCAUUGCAGAAGGACAGCUGCGUUUUGGGCCACACUUGGCAAUUUAGACGCUGGCGUCCAUACCACUUCUUUCCUCAUUGGAAUAAAAAACAAACGGGUGCUGAUUGAGAACACGUUGUCAGUAAGCUUUCGUAGCAUGUGGUACACUUCGAGCUAAAUAAAUUCUUCCUGGGCAGCUAGAA